AAUCCAAAACCAAUCCUAACCGCUUCAACACCUCACAAAAUGUUGCACGGCUUCAUCAAGAAAUUAAUAGAGAUACAAAGACAUGAGCUCAUCUAUCUGAUCUAAAAACAACAAUCCCCACAGCCAUGGCCACCGCCACUGCUCAAACUCCCUUCUCCAAGCUAAACUACUCAAACUCAGUCGCUUCUCCUCGGUCGUCGAUCCAUCUACAUGCAAACCGAGCAAUUCUGAUCGCUUCAAAGAGGAGGAGAGAGCAGCAACGUGGAAGACGACCUGCAGCAAGGAUACACUGUGCUGCUGUUGGCACAGCAACAUCAGAGCCUGAGACGAGGAGGAGGAGCAGCUACGAGCUUCUCACGCUAACUACAUGGCUUCUGAAGCAAGAGCAAGCAGGGGACAUUGAUGCUGAGCUCACCAUUGUUCUCUCCAGCAUCUCUAUGGCCUGCAAGCAGAUUGCUUCGCUGGUUCAAAGGGCGGGGAUCUCGAACCUCACUGGUGUUCAGGGUGCUGUGAAUGUACAAGGAGAGGAUCAGAAGAAGCUCGAUGUGGUCUCUAAUGAGGUGUUCUCUAACUGCCUAAGGUCUAGCGGAAGGACUGGAAUCAUUGCAUCAGAAGAGGAGGAUGUGCCAGUAGCCGUAGAAGAAAGCUAUUCUGGCAACUACAUUGUCGUCUUUGAUCCCCUUGAUGGAUCUUCCAACAUUGAUGCUGCUGUCUCAACUGGAUCCAUCUUUGGAAUUUACAGCCCCAACGACGAGUGCCUCACUGACAUUGAUGAUGACAGCAACCUAGGUAAAACAGAGGAGAGAUGCGUGGUCAAUGUGUGCCAGCCAGGAAGUAACCUGCUAGCUGCAGGAUACUGUAUGUAUUAGACAUUGGAUCCAAUGUAUGGGGAAUUUGUGCUAACACAAGAGGAGCUGAAAAUACCACGAGCAGGUAAAAUCUAUGCAUUCAAUGAGGGGAACUACAUGUUGUGGGAUGAGAAAUUGAGGAAGUACAUGGAUCACCUCAAAGACCCAGAGCCCACGGGGAAGCCUUAUUCAGCACGGUACAUUGGGAGCCUGGUGGGUGACUUUCAUCGAACAUUGCUUUACGGAGGUAUAUAUGGGUACCCUCGGGACAAGAAGAGCAAGAACGGAAAGCUAAGGCUUCUGUAUGAGUGUGCCCCUAUGAGUUUUAUUGUAGAGCAGGCUGGUGGUAAGGGAUCAGACGGACACCAGAGGAUAUUGGACAUCCAGCCCACGGAGAUUCAUCAAAGGGUUCCACUCUACAUUGGAAGUGUAGAAGAAGUGGAGAAGGUAGAGAGGUUUUUGGCAUGACAUCCUUAAUAUUCUUAAAGAUGCUGCUUUAACUCUUGACGAGAUAAGCUUUCCAUUCUCCAAGAAAUAUCAGUUGAUUAUUCAGCAUCAAAAGUUUGAAGGCAUUUGAAUAUGAAAAAAAAAAUACAGUUGUUUCAAAUUCUUUCAACUGUUCAAGUUGAAUUUUUGUAUUUUGAGAUGCUAUAAUUGGUUUGCCAUAUUCUUGGUUUGAUCUAAUUUCCUUACCUUCUUAUUUA